GGGACGGUUGGGCCGGGCCGCCCGCUCGGGAGUCGGGGCCGGGGGCCGCCAGGCCGGGCCCUCGGGCAGCGUUGGCUCCCUCGGGAGAUCGCCGGCGCUACCUUCUCCGAUGUGGCUGGGACGACUGCGGUUCCAGAACGUCUCGGAUCACCUCCCCGGCCGGGCAGGGGCGAGAACAGGACAGUGGUUCUCGAGGUGUGAUUCCAGAGCAGCAGCAGCAGAACCUGAAAACUGGUGAGCUGUGCCGAUUCUCGGGCCCCAGCCCAGAGAUCCUGCUGAAUCAGAAAGGGUCGCGGGGCAGGGGUGGAGAGUUCCAGCAACGUGUUAAAAAGACCUCCAGCUGCCCGGCGCUGCACGAGGACCACAUCCCCUAGUCCUUCCAGUGUUCACGAACCCCGCGCGGAGCCCCCCGCCCCUUCGGCGGUUUGCGGGCCUCGGGGGUGGCUCAGACCACUGAACCUGCUGCACCGCUCAGAUUGCCGUCUGUAGAAACCCGCGUUCAAACACCACGAAGCGGGACACGGCCUUCACGCAAACGCGUCGCGGGAGAUCCCCCGAGACGCGGGGACUGGUAGGACUCGGCGUCCCGCCUCCCCGCGAGCAGAGCCCCCCCCCCCCCCGCCCCGCGCCCCGCCCCGCGCCCCGCCCGCGGUCAUUACCUUCCCAGGUCGUGCCUGAGGGUCACUCCGCCCCGACAGCGCUCCCGGGCUGGCUCCCAGCGAUGGAGAGGAGGGCUCGGAGCUCCUCCAGAGAGGCCCACGGGAGAGGCGGCAGGUCCCCCCACAAGGAGAACAAGAGGGCGAGGGCCGAGAGGGGCGGUGGAGGCCGUGGGCGCCGGGACGCAGGGCGCGAGCAGGCGGGGAGCCGGGGGGAGUCCCCCGCGCCCGCAGCCACCGUGGUGGACGUGGAUGAGGUCCGGGGCUCCGGUGAGGAGGGCACCGAGGUGGUGGCGCUGCUGGAGAGCGAGCGGCCCGAGGAAGGUAUAGCAGGUACCAAGUCUUCAGGUUUAGGGGUCUGUGAAUGGCUCCUUGUCCUCACAUCCCUGCUCUUCAUCAUCGUGACCUUCCCUUUUUCGAUCUGGUUCUGCAUAAAGGUUGCACAGGAGUAUGAGAGAGUAUUAAUAUUCCGACUGGGACACCUGCUUCCUGGAAGAGCCAAAGGCCCUGGCCUUUUCUUCUUUUUGCCCUGCCUGGAUACCUAUCACAAGGUUGACCUUCGUCUCCAAACUUUGGAGAUACCCUUUCAUGAGGUUGUGACCAAAGACAUGUUUAUAAUGGAGAUAGAUGCCAUCUGCUACUACCGAAUGGAAAAUGCCUCUCUCCUCCUAAGCAGUCUUGCUCACGUGCCCAGAGCAGUCCAAUUUCUUGUGCAGACAACCAUGAAACGUCUCCUAGCACAUCGAUCCCUCACUGAAAUUCUUCUAGAGAGGAAGAGCAUUGCCCAAGAUAUAAAGGUGGCCUUGGAUGCAGUGACCUGUAUUUGGGGAAUCAAAGUGGAGAGAACAGAAAUCAAGGACGUCCGGCUGCCGGCGGGGCUCCAGCACUCCCUGGCUGUGGAGGCCGAAGCGCAGAGGCAGGCCAAAGUGCGGGUGAUCGCUGCGGAAGGAGAGAGGGCCGCGUCGGAGUCCCUGAGACGGGCAGCGGAGAUCCUGGCAGGCACUCCGGCCGCUGUUCAGCUGCGGUACCUCCACACCCUCCAGUCCCUGUCCACGGACAAACCUUCCACCGUGGUUUUGCCUCUGCCAUUUGACUUGCUCAAUUUCCUGUCUUCGCCCGGCAGUAGAACUCAAGGAAGCCUCCCUUUCCCCAAUCCUUCCAAACCUGUGGAGCCCCCAAAUCCUAAAAAGAAAGACUCUCCCAUGCUAUAGGAGGAGCCAAGGGUAAGGUGCCUGGAAGGGGCCUGCCAGGUGACAGCCACAUCCCUGAGGGAGGCACACAGCCCUCACUUCCCACGCUUUCUUCGGUUGCCAUACGGAAUGCCCUUGGAAUGCAGAGUCACAGCUCAGCAAUCCGAAGCAACCGUCUGUGAGGAGACAGUGAGGUGAUGUGAUGACAAGUUUAGAUAGAUCAUUUUAAUUAGAGUGGUUAUGGGAAAGAGCUUUAGCCAACAUUCUACUUGGAAAAGAAUUUUGUGUCUAUAGGUGGCUAAAUUCUGACUUCCAAAGAUGUAGUUCAAGUGUCUUUUUUUUUUGCUGAAUGCCCCCUGGCCCCUUUGGCAAGGUCUGUGGUGCUCCCGUGGUCCUUUCUACGUGUCCCUUUUAUUGUGCUCAUCACACGUUCUUGUAAACCCGUAGUUAAGAUGCAGGCUUCUCGCCAGCUGUACUGUGGCUUACUCCUCUAAGGCACCUCUUGGUCAUUGUCCCUCACCCCCCCACCCCCAGCCACACUCAACCUUAUAUAUUCACCCUAUGGUCUUCACAUCCAACCCCGAUAGGUGCACCACAAUGACACUUAAAUGUUCCUGAGCAACUGAAAGAAAACAAGAUGUACUUGGGAUGGAUAUAAAAUUUACAUCUAAUUAAAAGAAUUUUAAAGCAA